AUGGGCCGAAAACUGCGUACAACUUUUCAUGCCCUCGUCCCUACCGGUGCGCAGCCCGCGCAGACUUCUCCAGUCUCUCGCAGCAAGCUCUCCAUCGGAACGCCUGUCUUCGCCCGUGAUUAUCGAGUGGAGUUCCCAGACUGGAUUGAAGCAACCGUGGUAGCGCACAGAGGCAGUAUGUUGUUUGACGUCGACGUUGGUGGUGAAAUCUGGGUUCGUCACCACAACCAGAUCCGAUGGCGACAUUGCAGUAACACAACUGGGAUCGAUCCGGCGCCGUCACUCCCCAUUGACAUCCUACUGGAUACCUUCGCCAUUCCGGCAGAUCGGUCGGUUCCUGAACCCACUGCUGCGCCUCCUUCGGAUGUACCGCCUUCGGUAUCAGUCACUGCCCCCGGGUCUCCAGACAACAAACCACAACUAAGACGCCGGACCAACCGCGUGCGCCGAUCAACACUGCCGAUGCAGAUCAAUCCACGCCAAAAGCGGUACUGA